AUGGCUUCGCCCUCGGAACUCAACAGCUAUUGGAACAUUGAAUUGCGCCUGCUUCCUCUUCUGGCUCAUAUGGAUGCAACUGGCGUAAACGUGGACUCGGCUGCGCUUCAGCGAAAUAAGAUGGUGAUCGACCCGCUGCUGAAGGAUCUUGAACAGAAGGCGGAGGCUCUCGUUGGACAUCCCAUUUUGAUGUGGAGUUCGAAGCAAGUCUGCGAAGUCCUCUACGACGAAUUGAAACUGGAGGCGCCGAAAGGGAAUCGAGUAUCGACGGAGAGUGUUCUUCAAACGAUGGCGGAUAAGCAUCCAUUCCCAGGACUUGUGAUCGAAUAUCGCAGACUCUCGAAGCAGAUGUCUACCUACAUUGACGGAUUGGAGAAAGAGUUCGUCAGCGUUCCAUUUCGAUCGACAGAAACAAAGCUGAUUUACUCCACAUGGAAUCAGAUGGCUACAGGAACAGGCAGACUGUCAACGGCUGCUCCCAACAUGCAAACGCUUCCUAAACGGAGUUUGGAGCGGCUAAGUAAUCUGGAUGUGGAUAUUCGCGGCGCCUUUGUCGCCUUGCCCAACAGACGACUCAUCAGUGUGGAUUAUCGACAGAUUGAAAUGCGCGUCUUUGCUCACUGUAGCCACGAUAUUGCUUUGAUUAAUCUCUUUUCCUCUGGGCAGAAUAGCGAUAUUUACACGAUGAUUGCAUCGAUGAUUCACAAGGUGGAAGUGAAGGACGUGACGCAGAAGUUUCGAGAUGAAGCCAAGGUGAUUACGCUGGGUCUUUGCUACGGAAUGGGUGUGGAAUCCAUGGCCUCCAAACUCAAAAUACCUAUACUGACAGCCACGCAGCUGAAGAAUUCGAUUCUAAAUCGCUUUAAGGGAGUCCUUCAGUUCAUGAAGAACACGAUUUCCUCUGCAAGAAAGACACAUUUUGUCGAAACUCUGUCUGGAAGAAGAAGGUACUUCAAGGCGAAAGAUUCAGGCGGCGAGGGGCUAGCGCAUAUCGAUCGGCAAGCAGUGAAUAGUGUGAUUCAGGGAUCGGCGGCCGACCUUCUGAAGUGUGCCAUGAUCUUGCUGUGGAAGCCAUUGAGCGAACUGGAUAGCGAGAUUAUCCUUCAGAUUCAUGACGAACUGGUGAUCGAUUGUCCUGACAGUGAUGAGGUGUGUGAGAAAGUGAUUGCCUUACUGAAUCAAGUGAUGUGUGUGGAAUCCAAAAAGAUGCUGCAGGAUAUGUGUAAAGCAAAUCACCCUGAAAUACAGUAUGACUUUGAUGUUCUUUUAGAACAGAGUGUGAACAUUGGUAAGAAUAUGGCAUUUAAAGAUUAA